ACAGGCAUCAUUGUUCCUCAGCCCCAUGGACCCCCUGAGGCAGCCCCCCUCCCCCUGCUCACCAAGGCCUUCCAGCCCCAGGACACCAUCCUGCGAGAUGCUUGGUUACGUGGGCAUCGAGGCCGUGCUGGACCAACUGAAGAUCAAGGCCAUGAAGAUGGGGUUUGAGUUCAACAUCAUGGUGGUGGGGCAGAGCGGGCUUGGCAAGUCCACGAUGGUGAACACGCUCUUUAAGUCCAAGAUGUGGAAGUCCACCCUGCCAGGCCUGGGGGUGCCCACGCCCAAAACGCUGCAGCUGCAGUCGGUGACCCACGUCAUCGAGGAGAAGGGCGUGAAGCUUAAGCUGACCGUGACUGACACACCCGGCUUCGGGGACCAGAUCAACAAUGACAAAUGCUGGGACCCAAUCCUGGGCUACAUCAAUGAGCAGUACGAGCGGUACCUGCAGGAGGAGAUUCUCAUCACCCGCCAGCGCCACAUCCCUGACACCCGGGUGCACUGCUGCGUGUACUUCGUGCCACCCACCGGACACUGCCUGCGGCCCCUGGACAUUGAAUUCCUGCAGCGCCUCUGCCAGACUGUGAAUGUGGUGCCCGUGAUUGCCCGGGCUGACAGCUUGACCAUUGAGGAACGAGAGGCCUUCAGGCGCAGGAUCCAGCAUAACCUGAGGACCCACUGCAUCGAGGUGUACCCCCAGAAGUGCUUCGAUGAGGACGUCAAUGACAGGAUCCUCAAUAGCAAGAUCCGGGAACGGAUCCCCUUUGCUGUGGUCGGGGCCGACCGAGAGCACCUGGUGAAUGGGAGAUGUGUCCUGGGCCGGAAGACGAAGUGGGGCAUCAUUGAAGUGGAGAACAUGGCUCAUUGUGAGUUCCCCCUCCUGAGAGACUUGCUCAUCCGCACCCACCUCCAAGACCUGAAGGACAUCACCCAUAACAUCCACUACGAGAACUACCGUGUCUUCAGACUGAACAAAAGCCACGUGCUGCCCCGUGGGCCCGGCUGGGUGAACCUGGCCCCGGGCCCGGCCCCCAGCCCUGCCAGUCCCCAGGCCACCCCCCGGACCAUGAAGGUCUGCCGGUGGACCCAGGACAACUCGGACGAUGAAUGCUAAGCACUGGAGCACCCUGGGCCCAGGGUCUCCCAGACGCCAUGGCACCCCCCAACCCCCCGCACACACCUGUAUACUAGAGCGUGUAUUAAAGGUGAACAUUGCUUUUUGGGAAAAGCUGUGCUUUGAAAACAAAAGGUGUUUUGUA